AUGAGAUCAUUUCAAGAAGAAUGCAAUUUCAUUAGAAAGCAACUAAGAUUAUCAACUGAGCCAUGUGAUUGUAAAGGAAAUAAGGAUGCUGGAGUAUUAAUAUUAUUGAAUCGUGAUAGAAUGAAUGGAGGAUAUAAAGUAUUUCUUUGUAUCAGAUCUGAAACAUUACGACGACAUCCAGGUGAAGUAUGCUUCCCUGGAGGAAUGAGAGAGGACGAUGAUCAGAACUUAUGUCAUACCGCAAUAAGAGAGACGGAAGAGGAAGUUGGUAUACGUAGAGAAGAUUAUGAAUUAUUAGGCAGUUUGCCAUCAUUUCGAUCCAGAUUUGGUGUGGAUAUACAUCCCUCAGUAGCAUUAUUAAGGCGCCCACCUGUGCUGUGUUUGAAUGCAGAUGAAGUAUCAAUGUGUUUUUGGAAGCCUUUGGAUGCUUUUUUGGAGAAUGAGCAUCAUGAAGCGUUUUUGAUUGAUCCAACCUAUUCAAUUCAUUCAUUUUAUUUCGAGGAAGCUGUAACUUACGGUGUAACCGCCUUGAUGUGUAUUGUCGUGGCAAUGGGAUUAGCUCAGAAGCAUCCAUCUUUCGAUUUAACUCCUCAAAUAACUCAAUCAGCUAGUGGCAGGGUAACAGUUGAUGAAGCUAUUGAUAGCUUGUACAAAGCUGCAUCAAAGCCUCAGCGUACAGUUCCACGUUCAAAGCUCUAA